AUGAAGGAAACAUCCAGCAAUGGCAAGACGGGCGACAUUGAAGCUGGGCCCCAGAUCCUCUACCCUGACAUGAAAGAGAACUGCCAGUUGAGAUGGGCCUUCAUCCGUAAGGUUUACGCCAUCCUCACCGUCCAAGUUCUGAUUACCCUUGGCGUGGCCUAUACUGUCAUCUCCGUCCAUCACAUCUCCAACUUCUUCGCCCAUUCCAAAGCCAGUAUCUGGGUCUUCUUUGCCAUAUUUUUCUUCUCAUUAAUUGUUUUGUUUCCUUUGCGUGCCUACCAUCAGAAGCAUCCCUGGAAUUUUCUUCUCCUUGCUCUGUUCACCGUCUCUAUCAGCUUUCUAGUUGGAGUGGCCUGUAGCUUCUCCGGCGGAAAGGCUAUUCUCGAAGCUGUCAUUCUAACAACGGUGAUCGUCGUAAGCCUUACCCUCUACACGUUCUGGGCAGCUAGAAGAGGGCAUGAUUUCGGGUUCCUUGGGCCAUUCUUGUUUGCCGGCCUCAUGAUGCUCAUUGUUUUCUCUCUCAUCCAAGUCUUUGUACCAUUAGGUAAGAUAUCAACAAUGAUCUUUGGCGCAUUGGCAGCUCUCUUAUUUUGCGGCUACAUUGUCUAUGAUACCGAUAACUUGAUCAAGCGCUACUCGUAUGAUGAGCACAUCGUUGCGGCUAUCUCUUUGUAUCUUGACAUUCUCAAUCUCUUCAUGGCGCUGCUUCAAAUCUUAAAUGCAGAUUAA